AUGGCAUCCACCACCGCCGACAAGCCCGCCCGCGAACGCAAGCCCUCCACCUCAGCUCCCAUCACCGACUUCCAAGGGCCCAUUGGGCCAGAGGGCAUCUCAAGACCCAAGCACAAGAGAACUGUGACGGGCUUUGCUCCACAGGAGAUCAAGAGCAUUGAGGCUAGUAUUCCCGAGGGGCAGAGGGCGGCAUGGAGGAAAUACUCUGCACAAGAGUUCAAGACGAAGGAUGAGUUCGACUCCGAGGUCGUCAAGCACAUUGAGACGACCUUGGCAAGAUCGCUCUUCAACUGCGAUGAGGCAGCGGCGUAUGCGGGAACAGCACUGGCUUUCCGUGAUCGUCUGAUCAUUGAGUGGAAUCGGACACAGCAGCAACAGACGGCCGCUGACCCCAAGCGUGUAUACUACCUCUCUCUGGAGUUCUUGAUGGGCAGAGCUUUGGACAAUGCUAUGCUCAACACUGGCAUGAAGAAUAUCGCUUCUGAGGGCCUCGAGGAUCUCGGCUUCCGCAUGGAAGAUGUCAUCUCGCAAGAACGCGAUGCAGCUCUCGGAAACGGCGGUCUCGGACGUCUCGCAGCCUGCUUCCUCGACUCCCUCGCAACCCUCAAUUACCCAGCCUGGGGUUACGCCCUGCGCUACCGAUACGGUAUCUUCAAGCAAGAGAUUAUUGAUGGAUACCAAGUCGAGAUUCCAGACUACUGGCUCGACUUCAACCCAUGGGAGUUCCCCCGACACGACGUCACGGUCGACGUGCAGUUCUACGGAAACGUGAGGAAGUACACGGAUGGCAGCGGCAAGCAGAUUAGCGUUUGGGAGAAUGGCGAAAUUGUCACGGCUGUGGCAUACGACGCGCCCAUUCCCGGAUACGGCACCAAGACCACCAACAACCUGCGUCUGUGGUCGAGUAAGGCUUCCCACGGCGAGUUUGACUUUACCAAGUUCAACUCGGGCGAGUACGAAGCUUCGGUGGCAGACCAGCAGCGUGCGGAGACCAUCUCGGCUGUGCUCUAUCCUAACGACAGCCUUGAGCGAGGAAAGGAGCUUCGCUUGAAGCAGCAGUACUUCUGGUGUGCUGCUUCGCUUUUCGAUAUCGUUCGUCGGUUCAAGAAGUCCAGGAAGGCGUGGAAGGAGUUCCCCAACCAGGUCGCCAUCCAACUGAACGACACCCACCCAACUCUUGCCAUUCCAGAAUUGCAGCGCAUUCUCAUCGACCAAGAAGGUCUGGAGUGGGAUGAGGCGUGGAGCAUCGUCCAGAAGACCUUCGGCUACACCAACCACACUGUUCUUCCAGAGGCUCUCGAGAAGUGGUCCGUCCCACUCAUCCAGCAUCUCCUCCCACGCCACCUUCAAAUCAUCUACGACAUCAACCUCAACUUCCUGCAGUAUGUUGAGAGGAACUUCCCCAAGGACCGCGAUAUGCUUUCCCGCGUUUCCAUCAUCGAGGAGUCGCAGCCCAAGAUGGUCCGCAUGGCCUACUUGGCUGUUAUUGGCAGCCACAAGGUCAACGGUGUCGCUGAGCUGCACUCAGACCUGAUCAAGACGACGAUUUUCAAGGACUUUGUCAAGAUCUACGGUCCAGACAAGUUCACCAACGUCACCAACGGCAUCACCCCUCGCAGAUGGCUGCACCAGGCCAAUCCCAGACUCUCAGAACUCAUCGCCAGCAAGCUUGGUGGCUACGACUUUCUGCGUGAUUUGACUCAACUCCACAAGCUCGAGUCCUAUGUUGAUGAUAAGGAGUUCCGCAAAGAGUUCCAAGAGAUCAAGUACGCCAACAAAGUCCGUCUGGCCAAGUACAUCAAGGAAGUCAACGGUAUCGCUGUCAACCCAUCCAGCCUGUUCGACAUCCAAGUCAAGCGUAUGCACGAGUACAAGCGUCAACAACUCAACAUCUUCGGCGUCAUCCACCGAUACCUCGAACUCAAGGACAUGUCUCCUGAAGAGCGCAAGAAGGUGCAACCACGCGUGAGCAUCUUCGGUGGCAAGGCCGCUCCGGGCUACUGGAUGGCCAAGACUGUCAUCCACUUGAUCAACCAGGUCAGCAAGGUCGUCAACUCUGACAAGGACAUUGGCGAUGCUUUGAAGGUUGUGUUCUUGGAGGACUACAAUGUCAGCAAGGCGGAGAUGAUUACCCCGGCUAGUGAUAUCAGUGAGCACAUCUCGACGGCUGGUACGGAGGCGUCUGGAACUUCGAACAUGAAGUUUGUACUGAACGGUGGUUUGAUCAUUGGUACUUGUGACGGUGCCAACAUUGAGAUCACCCGCGAAGUCGGCGAAGACAACAUAUUCCUCUUCGGCAACCUCUCCGAAGACGUCGAAGACCUCCGCCACCACCACUUCUACGGCGAAUUCCAACUGGACCCCUCGCUCGACCGCGUCUUCAAGACGAUCCGCGAAGGCGCCUUCGGCGACGCCGGCCAGUUCUCCGCGCUCGUCAACUCGAUCGUCGACCACGGCGACUACUACCUCGUCUCGGACGACUUCAAGAGCUACCUGGACACGCAGAAACUCAUCGACGAGGCGUACAAGAACCAGGAGGAGUGGCUGACCAAGACGAUCACGAGCGUGGCGAGGAUGGGCUUCUUUUCGAGCGAUCGGUGUAUUGAUGAGUAUGCGGAGAUGAUUUGGAAUGUCGAGCCUGUUAAGGUGCAGGGGCAGGAGUCGUAG